AAUGAUCCUAGCCCAGUGACAGGCCUCCGGGCUGAGGCUGCGGGAGGGGGAGGGCCCGGCAGAGGGGCGGGGGCCAAGUGACCAGGCGGCGGCGGCGGCUCUGCCGAGGUGACAAUGUGCUAGGAGACCCGCUCCAUCUCCUGCGCCUCCUCGGCCUGGGCGCCCCCUGGCCGCGCUCGCCGAGCCUCGCCGCCGGUCGCCGCGCUAUGUGCGAGCGUCUCCGGGGCUGGCCGAGGCCGGGGCCGCCUAGCUCUGCUCUCCGAGAAGUGUGAAGAGAGGCGCGGGCUCCAGGUGAGUGCGGCUCUCGGCGCAGCUGGCCGCCGGCGGGGCUGGAUCCUGGCAGCGUCCUGAGCGCGGACCGCCGAGCUGUCCCCGCGGGAUCGUCAGCCUCCGUACCAGAUGCGUUUUGUAGGAGUAUUUUGAAGAUAAAUGUUUUCAAAUCAUCUUGAAAUAGCCAAGCGCCAUAUACAUACAGUGGGAUGCAUCCUGCUUUUGUCCUGGAGUUCACCUCUGUGGCUUAGAUUUGUCUCAGGAACAUUCGUCUUCAGUCUUUGUGUUAACUAGAAAUCAAUCAUGAGGAGAUUUGUCUACUGCAAGGUGGUUCUGGCUACGUCGCUGAUGUGGGUCCUUGUUGACGUCUUCUUACUCCUGUACUUCAGCGAGUGUAACAAAUGUGAUGACAAGAAGGAGAGGUCCCUGCUGCCUGCACUGAGGGCUGUUAUUUCAAGAAACCAAGAAGGUCCAGGAGAAAUGGGAAAGGCUGUGCUUAUUCCAAAAGAUGACCAAGAGAAAAUGAAAGAGUUGUUUAAAAUCAAUCAAUUUAACCUCAUGGCCAGUGACUUGAUUGCCCUUAACCGAAGUCUGCCAGAUGUGAGAUUAGAAGGAUGCAAGACAAAAGUCUACCCUGAUGAACUGCCAAACACAAGUGUAGUCAUUGUGUUCCAUAAUGAAGCUUGGAGCACUCUACUUAGAACUGUCUAUAGUGUCAUAAAUCGCUCUCCACACUACCUGCUCUCUGAAGUCAUCUUGGUCGAUGAUGCCAGUGAAAGAGAUUUUCUCAAGUUGACAUUAGAGAACUACGUGAAAACCUUAGAAGUGCCAGUGAAAAUCAUCAGGAUGGAAGAGCGCUCUGGGUUAAUACGUGCCCGUCUCCGGGGAGCAGCUGCUUCAAAAGGACAGGUCAUAACUUUUCUGGACGCACACUGUGAGUGCACCUUAGGAUGGCUGGAGCCCUUGCUGGCGAGAAUAAAGGAAGACAGGAAAACAGUUGUGUGUCCUAUCAUUGAUGUUAUUAGCGAUGAUACCUUUGAAUAUAUGGCUGGGUCAGACAUGACUUAUGGUGGUUUUAACUGGAAGCUGAAUUUCCGAUGGUAUCCUGUUCCUCAAAGAGAAAUGGAUAGGAGAAAAGGAGACAGAACACUACCUGUCAGGACCCCUACUAUGGCUGGUGGCCUAUUUUCUAUUGACAGAAACUACUUUGAAGAGAUAGGAACUUACGAUGCAGGAAUGGAUAUCUGGGGUGGAGAGAAUCUUGAAAUGUCUUUUAGGAUUUGGCAAUGUGGAGGUUCUUUGGAGAUUGUGACUUGCUCACAUGUCGGUCAUGUUUUUCGAAAGGCAACUCCAUAUACAUUCCCUGGUGGCACAGGCCAUGUUAUUAAUAAGAACAACAGAAGACUGGCAGAAGUUUGGAUGGAUGAAUUUAAAGAUUUUUUCUACAUCAUAUCCCCAGGUGUUGUCAAAGUGGAUUAUGGAGAUGUGUCAGUCAGAAAAACACUAAGGGAAAAUCUGAAGUGUAAGCCUUUUUCUUGGUACCUAGAAAACAUCUAUCCGGACUCCCAGAUCCCAAGACGUUAUUACUCACUUGGUGAGAUAAGAAAUGUUGAAACCAAUCAAUGCUUAGACAACAUGGGCCGCAAAGAAAAUGAAAAAGUGGGUAUAUUCAACUGCCAUGGCAUGGGAGGUAACCAGGUGUUUUCUUAUACUGCUGACAAAGAAAUUCGAACUGAUGACUUGUGCCUGGAUGUUUCAAGACUCAAUGGACCUGUAAUCAUGUUAAAAUGCCACCACAUGAGAGGAAACCAGCUAUGGGAAUAUGAUGCUGAGAGACUCACUUUGAGACAUGUUAACAGUAACCAAUGUCUUGAUGAACCUUCUGAAGAGGACAAAAUGGUGCCUACCAUGCAGGACUGCAGUGGCAGCAGAUCUCAACAAUGGCUGCUCAGGAACAUGACCUUGGGGGCAUGAAGACCCUUUCUCCCAAGACGUGAAAGUCUCGACAAUUUUGUUUAUCCAUCGUUUCCAUUUGGUGAAAACAUUAACUUUGCUGAAUUAAAAGUUUUAAAAAUACUUUUAGUAUUCCAAAACACAGUUGUUUAUAAUUCAUUUUUAGGAAUGUUUAUUUCCCUACUAAAAUUUGUACCUGAUUGAAGAAGCACAUAAAAUAUAAGUAAUAGGAAACUGUUAUUAAAACUUCAAACUGUUUGGGAAAAAUACACCUUACAUUUGAUUUUAAAAUGUCUUCAUUACCCUCUUGUCACAGGGUUACUUAGGGUUGGUUUAUUUUGUGUUAUAACAAUGAUGGAAGGAGAGAUCAUGUAAUGCCUUAUACUAUAUUUUAAUUAUGAGAUAUCAUUGCUUUAUAAAAUGUUCUUACAAAAGUUUCAUGGAACCAUGGCGAAUUUCUGUGCUAACAAUUGGGACAAAUAUGAAAUCAUUCAUAGGCAUUGACUUCAUCACACAAAAUGUUCAGACCAGGAAAGAAAAUUAAGUUUCCUAUUAAAUUUGUAGAAUAUAAAAUCAUCAUACCAAAUAAAUACUUAAGAAUUCAAUUUAAAUAAUAAGUUUAAGUCAAAUGAUGAAAAGAGUGAGUCAGACAUUCGGGAGGACAAGAACAAUAUAAACUCCAAGAUCUGCCGGGAGAGAGAAAAUCUUCACUUCCAACUCAACCUGAGGACAGUCUUGCUCUGAGAGGUGGUGUCAGGAUCUGAAUCCCCAGCUGCCCUCUCUAUCUCCAUAUACUGAGAUGUACCUUUGCCCUUCACUCUAGAACUGGAGGUGAAGGGUGACCUUUUAGGUUUCAAUUUUAAACAUUUAUUAAUUACUUUUAGUUCAACCAGUGAUGUCAUUGACACUUUGUACUUUGUAAAAAAAAAGUAUGGAACCAUUAUAAUUUAUUACUAUGCUAUAAAAUCUAACAUUGAUCACCAGUAAACAAAAUUUAUUAAAUUGGUAUUGAACUACUAGACAUGAUUUUGCAUCAAGUAGGGCUCAGUCAUAAUUAGGAAAAUUUCAUGUGUUAUUUCAACUUUAAAACCCCUUGGUUCACAGUGAAUGAACCGAUGCUAUGAAAAACAAGAAAAGAAACAGUGAUGGGAUAUUAGUAAAUUCUUAUAUUUAAUACCAUUUUAAGUGGCCAUAGAGUUGUUGUACAUGUAUGUUUGAUCUGUGUAUCUAGCAACUGGAGAAAAGCUAUAGGGAGUGGAAACAGAAGAUUCUCCAGAAGCAGAAAGCCCAUUCUUUUGACCUUUUAUUUUAAAUGAUCUAGAAAAAGCAUUAAUUGGCUAACUGUACCUCCUUUAUCUCUUCAUCUCUGAUCUUUAUCUCUGCCUUUCUCUCCUAUGUU